ACCACUUGUGAGCCGGUCGGAACGCAGAAAAGAUCCAUUUGAUCAACACCAGUCAGCCUGUAAAUACCUGACAUUCGCUGAGAAAGACGUCAAUUUGUGACAAUAAAUAACAGUGAAAUUUCUUAAUAGAACCAUGUCCACAGAUGUGCGAGGAGUUGUAUUAUCUGGCACUGAAUUGGCGAAAGAAAUUCGUGCAGGGUUAACCAAAGAUGUAAACAUCCUAAAGGAAAAGUUACCUGGCUUCGCACCAGGUUUGGCUAUCGUUCAGGUAGGUGGCCGGGAGGAUUCCAAUGUUUAUAUCAAGAUGAAGAUUAAGGCGGCCGCCGACAUAGGAAUUCUCGCCGAGCAUGUGAAGCUUCCUAAUACGACUACGGAAAUAGAGCUUAUCAACAAAGUUAAUAAACUGAAUAAUAAUCCUAACAUUCACGGGAUUAUCGUGCAAAUGCCGUUAGACUCUGUAAAUAAAAUCAAUUCUCAUCUGAUCACUGAUCUGGUGUCACCCAGCAAAGACGUUGAUGGAUUAAAUACCGUUAACGAGGGCCGAGUUGCUAUCGGCGACAUGUCCGGAUUUUUGCCAUGCACUCCGAACGGCUGCAUCGAGUUGAUAAAGAAGAGCGGUGUUCCUAUCGCUGGCGCGCGAGCUGUCGUGUUGGGAAGGAGCAAGAUCGUCGGCACGCCGAUUAGCGAGUUGCUAAAAUGGCAUAACGCGACCGUAACGGUUUGCCACUCGAAAACAAAGAACCUUCCUGGCAUUGUGCGUGAAGCCGAUAUCUUAGUGGUAGGCAUUGGGCAAGCCGAACUAGUCAAAGGUGAUUGGAUUAAACCGGGCGCGGUUGUUAUCGAUUGCGGCAUUAAUCCUGUGCCAGACUCGACGAAAAAAAGUGGACAACGUUUGUUGGGCGACGUGGCAUAUGAGGAAGCUGCCAAGGUAGCUUCGUACAUCACACCGGUACCAGGUGGCGUCGGGCCUAUGACUGUCGCGAUGUUGAUGAAGAACACUGUGAUAUCCGCGCAGAGGGCGGCGGCGAAGAUGCUCAGCACCCAGUGGAAGCUUAGAGCCCUCAAGCUAAACCUCGUUCAACCUGUACCGAGCGACAUUAGCAUCUCCAGGUGCCAGGAGCCGAAAGCGAUCUCCGCGCUGGCCGAUGAAAUCGGAUUGGUGUCGAACGAGUUCAACCCCUACGGCAGCAAGAAAGCCAAGGUCGGCCUCGGAGUGCUGCAACGACUGAAGCAUCAACAGAACGGAAAGUACAUCGUGGUAGCGGGCAUCACACCCACCCCGUUCGGCGAAGGCAAGAGCACGACUUCCCUUGGAUUGGUACAGGCUCUAACGGCGCAUCGCGGCAAGAAUUCCUUCGUCACCGUCAGGCAACCCAGCCAAGGACCUACGUUCGGUGUUAAAGGUGGAGCCGCGGGGGGAGGAUAUUCGCAGGUAAUCCCUAUGGAGGAGUUUAAUCUUCACUUGACAGGUGACAUUCACGCCGUCACCGCCGCGCACAAUCUCCUGGCGGCGCAGAUCGACGCGCGAUACUUCCACGAGUCGACUCAGACCGACAAGGCCCUGUACGACCGACUGGUACCGACUAUCAAAGGUGUCAGGCAGUUCUCGAAAAUUCAGCUCAGACGACUGCAAAAACUCGGCAUCGCGAAAACCGAUCCGAGCGCGUUGACCGACGAGGAGCGACGCAGAUUCGCGCGGCUGGAUAUCGAUCCAAAGAACAUUACGUGGCCGCGAGUGAUGGACAUAAACGAUCGAUUCCUACGAAAGAUCACCAUCGGUCAGAGCCCAACGGAGAAGGACAAGGCAAGACAGACCUCGUUCUGCAUUUCCGUGGGGUCUGAGGUAAUGGCAGUCCUGGCAUUGUCCACCGAUGUCGAGGACAUGAAGAGACGGCUUGGCAACAUCGUUGUCGGAUUCAGCAAAAGCGGCGAGCCCUUAACCGCUGACGAUUUCGGUGCGACUGGAGCAAUGGCGAUUCUGCUGAAGGACGCUAUAGAACCGACACUGAUGCAAUCAUUGGAAGGUACACCUGUAAUGGUGCACACUGGUCCGUUCGCCAAUAUCGCCCACGGUUGCUCGUCCAUCCUAGCCGAUGCGAUCGCCUUGAAACUGGUCGGACCAGAAGGAAUCGUCGUGACAGAGGCAGGUUUCGGAUCAGACAUCGGCAUGGAAAAAUUCUUUGACAUCAAGUGCCGUACCUCCGGGCUCAUACCGAACGCAGUUGUGCUCGUUGCGACUGUCAGGGCAUUGAAGAUGCACGGUGGCGGGCCGCCUGUGACCACCGGAGCGCCUCUGCAGAAGGAAUACCUUGAGGAGAACAUCGAGCUCGUGAGGAAAGGACUGCCGAAUCUGCAAAAGCAUAUUGACAAUGGUCGUCAAUACGGCAUGCCCGUCAUCGUCGCCAUCAACUCGCACACCACCGAUACUCAAGCGGAACUGGAACUCGUCAAGCAAGCAGCCCUGAAGAGCGGCGCAUCUGACGCGAUAAUAUGCACGCAUUGGGCCAACGGUGGUGCCGGCGCCACGGCGCUCGCGGAUGCAGUGAUAGCAGCUACGAAUGAUAAAUCUAGCAAUUUUAAGUUUCUAUAUAAUCUCGAAGACAGCAUUGAGGAGAAGAUAAGUAAGGUCGCCAAGAAAAUUUAUGGGGCUGGUCGCGUUGUACUCGGGGAAAAUGUGCAGAAAAAGAUAGAAAGCUACAACGAGCUAGGGUACAACAAAUUACCGAUAUGCAUGGCGAAAACCUCGAAUUCGUUAACCGGAGAUCCAUCUAUCAAAGGCGCGCCAACUGGUUUUACUCUUGACAUCACGGACAUAUUCGUUUCAGUCGGUGCCGGAUUCGUAGUUCCUAUGGUGGGAGAGAUUAUGAUGAUGCCGGGACUCUCGACUAGACCGAGUAUCUACGACAUGGACUGGAACAGCGAAACUGAUGAAAUAGAAGGUUUAUUUUAAACAUGAACUAUAUUUUUCGGUAAAGGAAACAUUUUCACGAUGUAUGAUACCGAUAAAUGAGCCAAAAUAUUUUGCAUACAAAUAUAAUUAUCAAUAAAUUUGUAUUUCUAUACAAGUCUUGUGGGAUGAUGUGCCAUAUAUAUAUAUAUAGAUAUAUAUAUAUAUAUACCGCUGCGAUAUAUAUAUAUAUAUAUAUAUCUAUCAGUGUACAAUCUCAACGUAUUCAUACAAC